AUGAGUUUAUUUCAAUUUGGUUUUGAAAAAAUUAGUAAUAAUAAUAAUCAAAGUAACCACAGUUCUGGUAGUUUGAGACAUAUUUUAAAUAAUUCCUCUGAUCUUGAUUGUCAAACAAAUGAACUGCAAAUUAUUGAAAUAUUAGAAGAAAUUGAGGCUUGUAAAAAGAAAUUUAAUUCAAGUUGGUUAGUUCAAUUUAAAUGGUUCUAUGGUUAUAAACCAAAUACAAGAAAGAUUUCCCGAAUGUUCUCUAUUAAAGCAAUGAAAACUCUAAAUCCAAUUGAUAAGGAUUCUAUUGAAUUUAUAAAUUAUGGAAAUAAUGAAUUAGAUACUUUAUUAAAUUUUUAUGGAAAACAAAAGAAAGUUAAUCAAGAAGUUUUUUUUCCUCCAGUAAAUUAUGAUGAGAGUAGUAUAAUUUUAAAAUUAUAG